AUGGUCUGUGUCGCUGUCGGCACGCUGUCGACAGGACGUCGAGCGACACCGGAGCUGCGGGUCAGUUCGACAGCUGGAGCUGUGUCGCCGGCGUGCGGCGGCCUGCCUCCGGAGGUGCCUCUGAGGGCUACAAUAGUGCCAGUGAGGCGGAGGCGCGAGUCGGAAGGCCGCGACCGUCAAGUCGACGUCCCCGGCGACGUGGCGGGAGAGCCGGCGGAGGAGGAGGAGUCGACGUCGGGCGCGUCGGGCGAGGCUGCCGGCCUCUCCACCUCGAGCCGCUACAGCGUCUCCUCGCUGUGGGACUGGGCGACGACGCGGAACGACGGCUCCGACUCCGAGCAGUCGACCGGCUCCCGCUCCUCGAGCCGCGCCGCGGCCCUCUGGAACUGGCGGAACGGCGCCGCGUCGCCGCCUCCGUCGGAGCCCGGCAGCCGGCAGAGCAGUGUCCACGGCGGGAGCCAGUUUGAGGGGUCGCAGAAGGGCGGCGCGGGCCUGUGGUUCUGGCGGAACGGCCACUCCCGCGAGGCCUCGGCCCACGGCGCCAACGCGUACCACGCCGCCAUCGCCGCGGCUCGCGGCGGCGCUCUGCCGCCAGGUGGGCCUCUCCACAGCCCGGAAGAAGGGUCCCAGAGCCCGCGCAAGGACGGGUCGCUGGCGUCGGUCGGCUCGUCGACCUCCCUCUGGUCCUGGGCCAACGGAGGCUCCACGCCCGACUCGGACGCGGAGCACAGCGUCAGCGGCGGCGGCGGCUGGAACUGGGCCAACGGCCGCUCCUUUCAUUCCACAGGCAUGCACGGAUCCGUCUCCCUCUCGCGCGACUCGUCCAUCAGCGGCGGGAUCUGGUCGUGGGCCAAGGGGCGGCAGUCGCCGGCGCAGUCUCGCGACCCGUCGGCGUCCUGCCACUCCGUCUCAGGCCCUAAGUCGCCCGGCGCCGUGCCGCCGUCGCCGGGAGCGGUCAUGCCGCCGUCGCCGGGAGCGGUCAUGCCGCCGUCGCCGGGAGCGGUCAACUACUCUUCUUCGCACGGCGGGAUGCCCAAGUCGACGUCGAACACAAAGCUGUGGUCGUGGGGGCAGGGCCGCCCCACGCCGCCCGCCUCCCGCGACAGCUCGGUCAAGGGCGGGAGCCACUUUGGCAAGCUCUCGAUGGACGGCAGCAGCCACGGAAGCGGCGACAUCGUCCACGCGGGCAGGCUCUCGAUGGACGGGAGCAAUCUCGGGGAAUCUCGGGCCAUCUCGGGCUCACCAUGGACGGAAGCAGCCACGGGCUGA